CCGAUCCUUAUAAAAGGCUCCAUCACAUCUUAUGUUCGGCACCAUGCUCACUAGCUGACCUGUUUUGUUACCUUUUUCUCUCUAACUUCAUUACCAUCUUUGCUUUUCACUUUUUGUGAUUUUCUUCUUUUCGGGGAAUAAUUUAUUUGAUAAAUGCAUUAUCAAGGUGAUUAUUCUUGGGGGUACUACAUGUCAACGAGGAGCAUAGGGUCAGACCCAAUGGAGAGGGUGGUGAAGCUGGCCUCAGAGAAAGCCGUGGUGAUAUUCAGUUUGAGCAGCUGUUGCAUGUGCCAUGCCGUGAAGAGGCUCUUCUGCGGAAUGGGAGUGAACCCAACGGUGUACGAGCUGGACCAGGACCCCAGAGGUAAAGAUUUGGAAACCGCACUAAUGCGGCUGCUUGGAAACUCGCAACCCGUGCCUGUUGUUUUCAUCGGGGGGAAGCUUAUAGGAGCCAUGGACCGAGUGAUGGCUUCCCAUAUUAAUGGAACCUUAGUACCACUUCUCAAGGAAGCAGGAGCUCUUUGGCUGUAAUUCUUGAUAAACAUAGUUAGUGAUUAGAGAACAUCAUGCCUAAUAAUUAACCAGGAACUACAAAGUGCACGUACAAAACAAAAAAGUGAAGCUGUUGUGACUGUCUUCAUGA